AUGCAGUACGUCGGCAAAUUCGUCUCCACGGUGUACAACACCAUCACACCCAACAUCAACCCUGCCACGCUCUCCGGUGCCAUCGACGUUAUCGUCGUCGAACGCACCGUCGAAACCACCUCCUCCGUCGAGUGCGACUCCCACGGCAACCCGCUGCCCCCAUCCGAAUGCGGUAAACUACCCGAACACCAACGCCGGUACACCACCGUCAAGAGCCAGACCACUGAGCUCGCCAGCACACCCUUUCACGUUCGGUUCGGCAAGAUGAGCGUGUUGAGACCGGCGGAGAGGAAGGUGACGUUGCAUCUAAAUGGGUCGACGGAUCCGCUGCCGUUUGCGAUGAAGGUGGGCGAAUCGGGCGAGGCGUUCUUCGUGCUGGAGAUCGAUGAGGAUGAUGAGGAAGGGGGGAGGAUUCCGGAUGAGCUGGUGACGAGUCCGAUUCUGAGCGCCACUACGAGUCCCAUUGCGGGGCCGGAGGAUGGGGAGCAUGGUGCGGGACAGGGUGGAGAAGCAGCCGAGGUGGAACCGUUGGAGCUCGGAGAAGCCGAACACCUUCCACCCGCGUCGCUCGAUUCAACAGACUCCGAUCGGAACUCGACCGAGAAGCUCAAGCAGAACAAGCAGCCCGGUCAGCCCGACGAUCAGGGCGAUCUCAACGUCCCCUCCGACUCGACCAAGACCGGUUCCGGCUCCGCAGCUGGCUCCGACUCGAUGCUCAACAAGGUCGGUUCCGCCGCAUCCAAAGCGAGCGGUGUUCUCGGCGCCGUCAUCGGCAGCGGUGGCACCGUCAAUCCUCGUCUGGACAAAACCGCCGAGACGGCGCAACGUUCCGACAAGACGGACAAUAUGACCGGUGCUCCCGUCGACCAAGACCGGCAGGAUGCGCACCACUACGAACCCGAACAGGGCGGUCCCCAGGGCAAAAAGCGGCAGGAGGAACAGGAGGAUGCCGUGGAAUCGUCGACGUUCGUUCAACCUGCGAACGAGACCGAGAGGCUGGAGCGCGAGUUGCAGCAGAAAGCCAUGGAGGUGGUAGAGGACGAGGCGAGGAGCGAUGCCGACGGCGAGAGCGUCAGGAGCAUCGAUUCGGCCGAAGAGGCGUACCCUGCGCCGUUCGGGGCUAGUGCCAAGGGCUCGAGCAAGAGCAAGACGAAAUCCGUCGCUUCGAUCCAUCACUCCGAGUACCUGGGUGGCAUGCGGCUCAAUCCAGUUCCGAUCGGAGAUGGAGCCAGGACCAUCGACCCGGCUAUGACGGACGCCAGCACGCACAGGCAUAUAUACGAACAGCGACAGAGGAAGCGAUCUGCAGAGGGAAAGGCGGAUGACCAGAAUGAGCACAAUGAGACUGGUGGCGAUGACGAUGAUGGGGAGGACACUGCUGUGGACGAUGAGGAUGACGCGGAUGGGGAGGUUGUGGGUGCGGUCAAGGUGAAGCAGAGGAAGGAGGAUUUGCAGUACAUGCUGGAUAUGGACGGAUACAAGAUGACGCAGGAUGGAGAGGAUCUGGCGUAUCAGGAGGGACAUCGGUUUGCGGACGAGAUGCCUCUCAGUAGGCGUCAUGGUGGGAAAGGACGUCAUGGGCAUCCCGACUUGCUCAACGGUUCGGGCCAUCAGCACAAGGUUUCGCUUCCCGGCACGUCUACCGCGUCGAUGCGACGUGGGUCUGGAUCUCGAACGCACAGGCCGAGCUUCUCGGUCGAGUAUCGGAACCAACGGACUUCUCUGUCGCAGAGCAGGGAACGAGAGGCUCGGCGCGAGAGUCUGGACGAUACGGCGGCUGCCAAUCUGUCGAAGUUCGAGUCACAGUACGGCGUGCCUCAUCUGGGUGGGGGGCAGAGCGCGCAUCAGGACGAGCUGGAGCUGUCGCGCGAUCUGGCACGGCUGGCGAGGAUGAACCGGGCUGCGGAGCACGGUGCGGAUCCACGGGCGAGGGGCCGUCGUCAGCCGAAAGGUCCGGAGUCGCUGCGCAGGUAUUCGUCGCUGUCGGGUCGGAACAAGCAGGGGAAGGGAAGGAGGGAGAACGCGGGCAAGAAGGCUCGACACGUGCACGAGUUUUCGCUCUCGGACACCGAGGCGGAGGUGCCGAAUGCAAAGUCGACCUCGGCGCACGGAUCGAUCGAGAACUCGACGGAGGCGUUGAGGGCGGAGUAUGGCGUUUCGGAUGUGGUCAAGAGUUUGAGGGAUCUACGGUUGCCGAGUGAAGAGGCGCCGGCGUAUCUGGAUGACGCGAGCGCGAGUCACUUGGGGCUGUCGGGGAACAGUCGUUGGCAGUGGUCGGAUCCGGUGGCUGAUUCAUCGGCUUCCACGCCGACCGGUCAGCCGAGGCGACACACGAGGUUUGCCAGCAGCGACGGCGUCCCCGUGCGGCCCUCUGAUGCAUCUGCGCUCGAAGCGCUACGUCGUCACACCGCCGAGGGAGAGGUCUCUGGAAAACUGACGAGUUCCGACUCCGAACCGUACACCUUCCUGCUGCAGCUGGAGGACUCUUCGCAUUCGUUCGAGCUGAGUCUCUGCUACGGGGAUUCGUUCGGGCAGGAUGAGGAGGCGGACGAGUAUGCGUUUUUGGAGAACCGUGUUUCGUUCGAGAGGUUCGCGCACGACCAGGACGUAGUGAACGACGAGAGGCUGGUGAUCAGGUACCACGACCGGUUCUUGACGUGGGAGAAUGCGAGUGCGGUGUUGGCGACGCUGUCGUUGUAUAGGAGGACGCUAGCGGGGAACGGCGGUGAGGCGACGAACUUGGAUGAUGACGGGGAGGACGAUGAGAAGGUUUCGAAGAGCUACUGGUCGAGGUGGUUCAAGAGGAGUAGUAAGAGUAUCCCGGAUUUGAAGCAGGUGGCGGAUGCGGAGGUGGGCGAGGACGGAGAGAAGAGCAAGGAUGGUGGGGAGGCAGUGCUAAGGGGUCAGGAGAAUCUGCCUCACAGGUCGAAUACGGACUCGGCGCUGUUGGGAGCGGGAAAGGCUGACGUCGAAAGCCUCGGAAAGCAAGGUGCAAAGCCUUCUGCAGCUGCAGCUGCGCACAGAGUGGGCAAGACGUACGCCAAGACGCUUCGUCUCACUUCGGACCAGCUCAAAUCGCUCAACCUCCGCAAAGGCUCCAACAGCAUCACCUUCUCCGUCACCUCUUCCUACUCUGGCGUCGCCACGUGCUCGGCACGCAUCUUUGUAUGGGAGUCGAACCACAAGAUCGUCGUCUCGGACAUCGACGGCACCAUCACAAAGUCGGAUGCGCUCGGACACGUGUUCACCAUGAUCGGACGCGACUGGACGCACAUCGGCGUGGCGAAGCUGUACACGGAUAUCGCGCGGAACGGGUAUCGCAUCAUGUACCUGACUUCGAGGGCGAUCGGUCAGGCUGAUUCGACGAGGGACUAUCUGAAGGGGAUCAGGCAGAACGGGUAUCAGUUGCCGGAUGGCCCGGUGAUCAUGUCUCCGGACAGGUUGAUCGCGAGCCUGCAUAGGGAGGUGAUUUUGAGGAAGCCGGAGGUGUUCAAGAUGGCGUGUUUGAGGGAUAUUGCGAGGUUGUUCGGGGCGGAUCCGAGGACGGCGAGUUCGCAGCCGGGUGGCGAUUUGACGGGGGUGGAUGAGGACGUGUUGGAGAAGGCGCAGAAGGGGGCGGGUGCGGAUGAUAGUCCCGCAGCUGGCGCUGCUACUGCGAGUGCGUCUGCGUCUGCAUCUGCCACGCCGACCGAGUCGACGUUUGCCGAUUCCGUGCUAGACGGUGCACCGCCUACGGACGUCAGCAGCAUCAGAUCCGGCAACCUCAGCCCUACUCCCUCCUCCGCCUCCCUCCCCACACUCGCGUCCAUCCCACCACUCGACCCGCAACCCGGCGUCAAGAAGGAGGAGCACCCCACCCCGUUCUACGCCGGCUUCGGCAACCGAAUCACCGACGCGCUCUCCUACCGCAGCGUCAACAUCCCCUCCUCGCGCAUCUUCACCAUCGACACCAAUGGCGAGGUCAAGAUGGAGCUGCUCGAACUGGCGGGCUACAAAUCGUCGUACAUCCACAUGACGGAUCUGGUGGACCAGAUGUUCCCGCCCAUCACGGCCAAGGAGGAGAAGGAGCCGAGGAAGCCCGAGUACAACGACUUCAACUACUGGCGUCCCGCGAUCGUGGAUAUCGAGCUGCCGGAUGAUGAGGAGCUGCUGGGGACGCCGCCGGUGAGUCCUGCGUUGUCGGCUAGGAGUGGGAGGAGUUUGAGGAGCGUCAGGAGUGUUACUUCUGACACUACCGCGGGAGGAGGAGGUGGGGAGAAGAUGGAGGAUAAGCCGGGGAGACUGUCUAGAUUUGGAUUGGGUUCACUAGGGCUGUCUAGGAAGGGAUCGCAAUCGGGACGUCCGGAGCACGCCAACACCAUCGGUCCCGGUAUCACCGGCGAAGAGCUCGACCGAAAAACACGAGCCAUCUCGGCAGAACCAGCGCUGGAAACCGCUGGAAUGACUUCCUCCACCAGCGGAUCCAGCUGGACCGCUCCCUGGAGACGUAGAGCCGCAAGCCCCGAUACCGAGUACGCCCAGCGCGCCACUUCUCCCCUCGUAGGUCCGGUGAUCACAGCCGAACCCGAGAUGGAGAGCGAAGACGAGCGCGAGUUCUACGACUCCGAGGGCGCCGACGAUAAUGACGACGUGAGUAGUUUCGGUGGUAGUCGAAGUCGGUUGAAUAGCUUCGAUGCGGGAGAAGCGGAAGGGCAGGAGGGAGUGCCGGGGAAGAGCCAGAGGAAGGUGCUGCAGAGACUGGCGAGUGGUAGAAGUAGGUUGAGCGAGGACGACGUCGAAGCGUACGACGAGGAUGAGGGGGAGGACGAGGAGAUGGACGACGAGCUGUUGGAGACCGGCGAGAUUCGAUUCGAGUGGAAGGGUUAG